AUAGAAAGGAAAAAAUAUAAGAUAAAAAUAAAAUUAAUUAUUUAUACAAUAAAAACAAGAAAAAUAGAUUAAAAAUAAAUUAAUAAAUAAACUUAUCAAAAGCUGUAGUAACAAGGGAAAAUAAUAGAAAUAAAAAACAAAUCCCUCCUACUGAGUUGUAACAUACUAAACAAUUUAAUUAACUAAAGUGGAUUAAUUUGCACCUUGUUACACUAAUUAAGGAUUAAAAACAACAACAACAGUGAUAUCUAUAUAUAGAAGAAAUAACAACAACAAAAUAGCAAAGGAGAAAGAAAACAAUACCAUUUAGAUAAAGUAUAUAAACACAACUCAUACACUUGCACAUAGUUACAUAAAUACAUACCUACACUUCAAAAACAUCGAAGAGAAACCAGAAAAAAUAUAAAUAGAAAAGAUAAAUUACAACAUUAUUAUAAUAAUUAUUAACAACAACAACAGCAGCAACCUCAUUAUCUAUAUAUCAGCAACAUUAUUAUCAACCAUAUCAACAUUAUUUUAUAAACAUCUCUAGUUGAUGGUGUGAGUAUUGUUGCUGUCUUCAUCAACAAAUUUUACUCUCUCUCACACACUGUGCUUCUCUUUUGUUUAAAUUUUACAAGGAUACAAAAGUUUUAUUUUACUCAUACUGUUGCUGUGGUUUUAACUUUGUUGUUGUUUGCUAUUACAAAAUUGCAUAAAAAAGAAAUUUGUUAUAAUUUUUUUUUUCAUUAUUUAGACAAAAUGUAAUACAGCCAACAACACGUGACCUUUUGUGUGGAAAAUAAGAAAAAAUAUAAAAUACGAGUGCAAGCAGAACAGAACAGAAAAAAUUAGAAAAAAAAACUGUGAAUAAAAGUUUACAUUUUAAAAUAAGAGCAAAAAAAAUAUAUAUGUAUGAAUGUAUAUUUUAUACUGCAGUUGUUUAAGUGUAAUUAUAAAACUAAAUUAAAAUAAAUAUUUAAAACAGCAAAAAACCAAAUUAUACAGAAAUUAAAAUUAAAAAGAACAACUCACAUUCUCUAAUGAAUUACAAAUUUAUUAUUUUAUGUCGGGCAAAAAUGUUUCAUAAAUGAUGCCAGAAAUUGAAUGUGACAUUGUGGCAGCCACAGCAACAACAGAAAUGGUUAGUGGAGCAACACAUGUACCAAUAUUCGAGACAACAACAACAAACACAGUAGCACAAAAGCUAUAUAACCCUCAUCAUCUACAACAGCAGAUACAGCAACAACAUUAUUAUCAACAGCAAAAUCAUUAUAAUAACAUUGCUAGUGGUAACUACAAGUUGCAAGAAUAUCAUCAUCAACAGCAGCAACAACAACAUAAAAUGGCAACAAGUUCAUAUGUGUAUCGUAGUCCUUUAACGAUACCACCCGUAGCUUCACAUACAAUGUAUGAUAAUAUCAACAGUAGCAAUAAUAGCAACAGCAACAACAACAAUAAUAAUUGUAGCACAAUCAACAAUAACAACAUUGGUAGUCACAGCAACAGCAACAAUAUGUUAGAAACCUAUAAUAACAAUUAUAAUCAUACAAUGAAUUUAGCAACAACUACACCUGCACCUUCGAGUCAGAAUAUGGCAGCAGCAACAACAACACAUAAUAAUGCAACAGCAGAAGCAUUAUCACCAGCAGCAACAGGUAGUUGUGGCAUUGCAACUUCUACUACACCAACAACAGCUAGUCCUAAUCAAUACAAUUCUAAGGAAAAAUUCCCUGACUUACAACAACAGCAAACAAUGAUGCCAACAGCGAACACAACAUUUUUACAAAAAUCUUUAGAGGCUCCUAUUAAACAAAUUAAUUACACUAAUGGCUAUGCAGGCAGUGGAGCAGCGGGAGGAGGCAAACAUAUGUCAACCCCUCCACCACCACCUGUUGGAAUACUUGCAAAAACGCCACAACAAAGGCAAUCACACUCUCCCAACGUUUCAACCGAAGCCCAUUUGUUAGCUACAAAUAUGGCAACGCCACCAUCGUGGCAUCCACAUGUUUAUGCCCGUCCACCUAACCGACCUACUCCUCACACCAUAGCGGAUAUUUUAGGAUUACGUGAUAGCAACAACAUCUCAUUGACCACAACAUUACUCAAUUCUAGGCUAACACAUGAUACUCAAGACGAAUCUUCAAAUUCGUCCGCCACAAAUAUACCACCUGCCCCCGCAAAAUCACCAAAAAGUAUUUUACGCAACUUUCAACAACAAUAUUCCGCACAAAUCAAUCAAUAUGAUCAGUCUCAGCUGCGCAGUGCUUCGGUGAGUGAGACCAGCGAAGAUGAUCAAGUGGCGACAAGUAUUGCUGUGGGUUCAGAUUUAACACCAAUGGCUCCGCAACCAAUGGAUCAACCGCUAAAUUUAUGUGUGGCCAAAAAAUCAAGAGAUUCUUUGUCACCACCUCCUGCCGUAAAACAAAAUCAAAUUUUGGGUAUAACCACUGAUCGGGAGAAGACAACUUCGCUUUUGGGAAAACACCUAAAGAAAGAUUCUAGUCAAACAACUGCUAAUAAAACUUGUGCUAAAAAGAAAAAACUUUCCUCUGCCAUAGCGCCGCCCUCGAAUAUCACUUUACCGCCUGAUGUUAGUCCCUCGGGCAGUAGUGACAGUUUAAUACGUGAACGUUUAGCACCUUCAUCUAUGAGUACUACACCGCCAGCUGUAAAUAUGGAAACAACAGAAGAUGAUUCCGAUUCGGGUUCAACAGAUGCUAGACGUAAGAAAAAGGCCAGAACUACAUUUACGGGAAGGCAAAUAUUCGAAUUGGAAAAACAAUUUGAAAUUAAAAAGUACCUUAGUUCGAGUGAACGAACAGAAAUGGCGAAAUUGUUAAAUGUGACUGAGACGCAGGUUAAAAUAUGGUUUCAAAAUCGUCGUACUAAAUGGAAGCGGCAAGAUAAUGUCACCAACUCUGAGGCAGCCGAAGUAAAAUCGGCAAAUCAUGGUAAAUCAACAGCAACAACAACAACAUCAUCAGCAACAUCUACAUCCUCAACAACUACAGCAGAUAAUACAAAUGGAAAUGGCAAAACACCGGCAACAACAAAUGGUUCAGUAACCACAACAACAUUAUCAGCAAAUGCUGAAACAAUGGUAGUGGCAGCAACAAAAAAGAAUUCACACAAUUCACCUGGCAGCAAUAGUAGCAACAACAACAACAACAACACUAACAACACAAAUAGUAGUAGCAACAGCAACAGUAAUAUUGAAAGUAAACGAAAUAUUGCAAAUGAAUUAAGUGCAAAAUUAACCGCCAAACAAACGACAAAAAUCAAAAAACAAUUGAAUGCAAUACUAGAGAAAACCUCGAAAAAUGCUGCAGGCACAAAGCAUGAUAACAACAACAGCAAUGCAACAGCUGCAGGAGGGGGUGCUUUAAAUGUUUCCACUGCAGACAAAUCAUCAAAUAAUACAAAGGCUAUGGAUAAUGGCACAAAUGCGAAACAACAGACAACAACAACACAAAAUAAUCAUCGUCAUCAUCACCACCAUCAUCACAGUCAUAAUCAUCAUCGUCAUAUACCACAUCAUCAUCAUGCAAUUCCAUUAACGGUAGAGCCUGCAGCACCCUUGGAACAGACUGAAAAAUUAGAAAUCAAACUCGAAGAAUCACCGCAACAUCGUGAAUUGCAAUUAACAUUGCUGAGAGCAGCACAUGGUCAAAGUCCACACUAUGGUGAAAUGGAUUUUGAAAGUAAAUUGGCUGCAUCAAAAAUUUCAAAUGCUUUAGCAAUGGCCAAACUAAAUGCCAACGAAACUACACCAUUGACCAUUAAGGAAAAAUCCCAUAAAAGAACUGAAAAUACUGACGAUAAAAAGUCUUCAAUCAAAUUAGAAAGUUCACAAAAAUUAAAUAAAUUGAAUGUUAAAGAGGAAACUAAACUAACAACAAAAAACCUUUGUAAAGUGAAGGAAAUCGAAGAGGAUGAGGAGGAUAAUAAUGUGGAAGAUAAGAAAAUGUUGAUUUGUGAUAAUAUUAAGGAUCAGCGUGUGGAUGAUAAAGAUCAUCAAAUGGAAUUUGAAGAUUUUAUUGAGAAUAAAAACGGAUUGACAACGGACAAUGAAACAGAGGAUGCUGACAACGAUGCUGAAAUGAAGGAAAUUUAAAAUUUACUCAAAUUUAAGAAUAUAAUAUUAAAAAAGAUCUUCCAGUCAAAAAAGAAAAGUUAAAUGUGUGCCAAAAAAAUUAAAUUAAUUCUAUAUAAAUUAAAUAUAUAUAAUAUAGACUAGUUAUUAAAAGUAAACUUAAUGCAUAAUAUGUACUAAGAUAUUUAAAAUAACUAAAUAUUUCUUAAAAGAAGCUCAAUUAUAUAUGUUAUUAAAUUAGAUAUAUUAAGAUAUGUAUUUCUAAUAUGUAAAUAAAUGUAUGUCAUUAUUUUUAAUUUUUUUAUCUUAAAGAGAAUCGAAUAAAAAAAAUAAUUACUAUA